CAUUAUAGAAUUAUUAAAGUUAUUUUUAAGUGUUAGUCUAAUAUUUAACAUGGUAAAAAGUGCUACCGAAAACCAUUGGAGACCGUUGAAAUAUCGCAUCUCAGUCUCACCGUGCUUGGAUGAAAGCUAUUUCAGUCAUACAGAUGUUUAUCAAAUAUUUAAAUCAUAUAUCGAUCAGAGACGAGUAGAACAUAAUUUUAUUUUCUUUGGUGAAUCUAAAAUAACUUUUAAAGUUGAUGCUAAAACAAACAACAUAACUUUGAAGAUAUUUAACCUGGAAAUACAUGAAGCGGCAACAAAACUUAUUAUUACUGAUACUAUUUAUAAAACUUAUAUGCCGACGAUGUAUACGUAUGAUAAUAAAAGACAAACAAUUGUUUUUCAAUUUGCUAAUAAUUUGUUACCAUCUAAUACUUAUAAACUCAUCGUAAAUUUCAUCGGUACCAUAGAAAACACAGGAAGUUUUUAUUGGAAGUCACGUUAUUUAAAUGAUAAAGUAAAUGAUAAAGUAUGGUUGAUUGCGGCCACCGAUUUCCUUGAGACAGGAAUCCAAUUAUGGUUUCCAUAUUGUGACAAGUUGGAUACUAAAACCGAUUUUGAAAUUUCUGUACAAUAUAAUGGAUAUUAUCAACUUUUGUCAAACACAAACAUUCAAAACACAGUUUUCGCUCAUUCAACGAAAACGGUAUAUCACGAGAAAGCUGUUAAUAUAUUUCCUUAUUCCGUUGCAAUUAUAUUCCAUGAUCUUGCCAAAAUUUUUAACGAUACCGAUACAUUCGACAAGAAACGAACUGUUGUUAUAUGGAGCAGAAAAAAAGUGGCACGACAACUAGAAUUCACGAAAUGGACUAUUAGAUCUUCCAGAUCGUAUUUGCAAGCAAAUACGAUCUUUAAAACAGAAUUUCUACCAAACAUGAACAUUAUCGUAAUUCCGGAUUUUCAAGAUAAUUAUAUAGAAGGAUGGGGAUUUCUUUAUUGCAGUGAGACAGCUGUUAUAUAUGACGAAAUUUUACAUCCUAUUGGACGCAAAAUGUAUGUAGCAUUUACAAUAGCACGUAGAAUAGCAAAUCAAUUCUUUAAUAAUAUGAUCGGAGAAUUUCGAGGAUCUUAUCAUUGGAUAAACGAGGGUAUUGCCACGUUUUUGGGGAUUAAGAUUGUUAAUCAGAUAUUGUCGGUUACAGAUUCGAAUAUGUUAUAUUUAUUUGCAGUACAAUUUCAACAAGAAUGUCUUCGUUUAAAUAAUUAUUACGAUAUGCCUCUCGUAUCAAAAGUUAAUGAAUCAUUUAAUUCACUUUUUCCUUUUAUACAUCAAAUUAAAGCACCCGUCAUUAUACACAUGUUAUCAGAAAUAAUGCCUAGCAAUGUAUUUAUGUCGAGUCUCGUUAAUUAUAUAAAUUUCGGUCAAGCAAGAUCAGCAUCUUUUGAUAUCUCUAAUAGUACUUCCAAUAAUAGUACUUUCAAUUUCUUCGAUUUUAUGCAACCAGUUUUAACAAACAUGUCAGAAAAAGAGGAAAUUAACAUAGGAAAAAAAAUGAAUAGUUGGAUAACGCUGAAACGCUAUCCCGUGCUGGAGGUGACGCGAGAGUUUGGAAACGAGGUCACAAUAAAAUUAUCGCAAAAAUAUCUAAAUGAAUCAUAUUCGAAAAAUUUAUGGAUACCUGUAGGGUAUACUAUACAAUUUGUCACUGACAAUUCGUUUAUGGCUUGGUUAAACCCAUAUAAUCAAAGUAUACAAGUGCCUUAUAUUAAUCAAAAUCGUUGGAUUAUUGUCAACGCAGAACAAAGUGGAUAUUAUCGUGUUAAGUAUGACAAUAAAAGUUGGGAAAAUAUUUUGAACUGUCUAAACUCAACGCAAUUUAAUAGCAUAGAUUUCAUUAGUCGAGCUCAACUUAUCGAUGAUGCAUAUCAUUUUCUAUUAACGGGCGAACUUGACUUUGUUAUCUUCGAAAAACUCACGUCUUAUCUAAUACGUGAAACAAAUUACAUACCAUGGUAUUCUAUAAUUAAAAUUAUGGAGGAUAUUUCAGGAUUUUUCGCAUUUUCACAAAGUAAUAUAAUCAAGGCGCAUUUUCAAAUAAUUUUUGACGCUGUUCUAAGAAAUAUAACAUAUACAGAAUCAGAGAAUGAUUCUAUUCUUACUACAUAUUUAAGACAAGAGGCUGCUAAAUGGGCCUGUAUUAUCAAUUCUUAUGUGUGUAAAGAUACUGCCACAUUAACAUUAAUACAGCAUCUUGUAGAAAAAGAAUCUGUUAAAUCCAAAUGCUUUAUCAUGUCAUGGUGGAAAGAAUGGACAUAUUGUCAAGGAUUGAAAAAAGCAAAUGAUACUAUAUGGAACAGAGUUAUUCAAUUUAGAAAAGAUGAUGAAGAAAUUUUAAAAUAUUUAACAUGCUCUGAAGAUCAUUAUAUUAUUAUUGAUUAUCAUAUUAUAAUUAUGCAAUCUAUUAUUGCGAAACAUGCAAAAAAUAACUUAAUACUUGACUACAUAUUGCAACAUUUUCAACGUAUAAUACCUAGAGGAAUCAAUGAAAUUGCAGUAUUAAUAGAUAUUAUUAAUCACGUAUAUUCUGAAAUACAACUUAGCAUGGUGAGCAAAUUCGCAAAUACUUACUUUCUUUCUAAAUCAAGUCCAUAUAUUUCCCAAAAGAUACAAACACGACUGUCCGAAAUUAAAAAACAAACAAACUAUUUCGAAAAUCUUUUACAAAUUAAAGAUGUUUAA